GUCCACAGGUGUUUGUGAUGAAGCUGGUUUAGUGAUUUCUGAAAUGUUUCUGCUUUUCUUUUCAAAUUUCUCAUAAAGUUUGUUUUAUGUGUUGACCCUGGCCAUACACAUAGCAGCUAGGAGACCAAGACUCCUUAACUUUGUCUGUCAGUUGUAUAUUUGUGGAAUAUGGAUUUUUAUCUUACAGAAGAUAUUUUUCAAUGAUUAACUCUAUGAAGUUUUCUGCAUUUUAUUUGGUCACAGUUUAGGGAAAUCCUCAAACAACACAUGUUUUUUAGCUCUUAAUGUGCUUCGUUUCCCAGAGAGAGUGAUAUUAUCUCCUCAGAGUUAAGGAAAAGCCAAAAUCAACACGAGGCUUAGCCAACUCUCAGAUCACAACCCUACUUCAGUCAACAUAUCCAGUACAUGGCUGAGAUCAGCUUCAGGUAAAGACAGGUGGGACUGAGAGGCUUUGUUCCCAUGGCUGCUGUCCCGCUGUAACUCCAUACCGACUGCUGACUGUGCAGACCCAGCAGGAUGUCCUUGACAGCCCUGCAGGCUGAUUUGGCAUCUGCAUCCAAUCUGAAGUUCUUGGAAACUCGCUGUGCUUCAAGCCUUGGUUUGCCAAGUCUUUGAGUCUGUGAUGAAGGAAGCUGAAUCAUCUGUGGAGAAUGUGGCUGCCAUUAAAAAAAGUGAACUAAGAAUUCAUCUUCAGCCCUCCAUACUGAUUGUGAAAGCACCACUUUAGAGUCUGUUAAGGAAAUCAUUGCAUGUGUGGUCACUGUGGACAUCAACCCUUUUUGGGGGGUAUUUUUAAAAUGACACUCAUAUUUUAGUUUUUACCUUUAACUAAGUUUUUGUGUCCCGAUCAAGGAGAAAUAGUUUUCAGAGCUCUAUCUUUUCACUGACAGAUUUGUUUUUUUCUUAUCAUCUCCUCAUGUGAUCCUCAGCUCAGUCCACCUUUCCCCCGUAGGCAGUUUAUGUUGGAUUUGCCCACAGCAGAAAGACAAAUUCAUAUCCACUGCAGACCUUACUGACACAGAGAUCAUGGUUUAAAAAAAGAACAAUAAAAGCUAAAUCAUGAUGAUGAUGAAAUGAGUGAAUGUGCUAAACAAAGAAAGCAAACCAGCAAAAGUAUGAACUGUUAACAGAAGUUGUAUUUCAGUCUGUCCAGUUACAUUACUGCAGUAUUGGCCUGUCUGUCCCUUAGGGAUCUCGAAACAUGUUCUGUGUGUUCGUCCCCUUUAUGUUCUGUUUGUUGCAUUGUCAGUCCUGUCUGUCUUGUGCUUCGAGCCGUACCCACAUCUGCGUUCCCCUCUUUCUGCGCCCUUUCUUCCACAGGUGUCCUCUAAGGCAGCGCUUCCCAGCAGUGCUUGUGGGACUACAAUACAAUAAAGCAGUAAAAUAUAGAGGGAUUAAAAAAGUCUAUUCUGAGAAUGAGAAAUGUUUAAGGUCCUGUUGGAGGUUAACCCUGAAUGACAUGAGUUUUUUGGAUUGGACACAUUGUGACAUCAGCAGUGGAUUUCAGCCAUCUUAACUUGUUGCUGGACGUUACUGAGGCUAGAGUACAGCAUGUCCGUCUGUUUUAAUGCUGCUCCCUCCGUUUGUGUUCGCUUCAACCCUAGUGUGGGGCUUUUCUUUCCUGAGCGUGACAGUGAUCAGUGCCUUCUCCCUCACCGGAGUCUUCAUCGUGCCUCUGCUGAAGACGCGCUAUAUGAAACACAUGCUCAGCUUUUUCAUCGCUCUUGCCAUUGGCACACUCUUCUCCACUUCCAUCCUGCAGCUGCUGCCCGAGUGUGGGGUUAUGGGAUCCUGUGUGUGACACUGAUCUCUCUGUGCUCGCUGGUCGGGGCGAGCGUGGUGCCCUUCAUGAAGAAAACCUUUUACAAGCGACUGCUGCUCUACUUCAUAGCCCUGGCCAUUGGCACGCUCUACUCCAACGCCUUGUUUCAGCUCAUCCCAGAGGCCUUUGGUUUUGACCCCAUGGUGGAUUUCUAUGUGUCCAAGUCUGCCGUGGUGUUUGGAGGCUUUUAUCUCUUCUUCUUCACUGAAAAAGUCCUCAGAGUGCUUCUCAAGCAGAAACAAGGGAACCACGGUCACAGUCAUUACCCUGACGCAGAUCACUACUCGACACCAAACGGGGACGUGGAGGAGGGCGAGAAGCAGAGGCUGCAGCAGAACGGAGAAGCCGGCAACCUGGCCCUGGGCAAGGUGGACGCGGGGGAGGGGGAGCUCAUGCUCAGCCCGGCUCAGACGCCACAGGACUCGCAGGGCCCAGAGGCUGGGAGGCAGUCUGCACGCCGUGGUGGAGGAUGCUACUGGCUGAAGGGAACGGCCUACUCGGACAUCGGAACCCUGGCCUGGAUGAUCACACUGAGCGACGGCCUCCACAACUUUAUUGACGGCUUGGCCAUCGGUGCCUCCUUCACUGCCUCCGUCUUCCAGGGCAUCAGCACCUCUGUAGCCAUCUUAUGUGAGGAGUUUCCCCACGAGUUGGGAGACUUUGUGAUCCUGCUGAACGCUGGUAUGAGCAUACAGCAGGCUCUCUUCUUCAACUUCCUGUCAGCCUGCUGCUGUUACCUGGGCAUGGGCUUCGGUAUUUUGGCCGGCAACAGCUUCUCCCCCAACUGGAUCUUCGCCCUGGCAGGAGGAAUGUUCCUUUACAUCGCUUUGGCAGACAUGUUUCCAGAGAUGAAUGAAGUGAGUCGUGAGGAAGAGAACGCAGGCGGCAGCAGAUUCCUCCUCGCCUUUGCCAUCCAGAACGCCGGCCUCCUGACGGGCUUCGCCAUCAUGCUGCUCCUCACCAUCUACUCUGGACAAAUACAGCUGGAAUAGCACUUUGGACCAACAACGGCUCUCAGUAAAUAUGGGAUGCCAGCUGGUUUGUUCACCCUUCAAGAGAAGGGAGAGACAAAACUGUUUUUCUUGAUCUGGAUUUUGGAAGGUUUUGCUGCUGUGUGGCAGGUACACACACACAUAUAUGCACGCGCACACACACACACACACACACACAUACACAUACACACACUCACACACACACAUUGUUGACAGCAUUCGAGUUGUGCUCUUGUGCAGACUUGUGUUUUUUGUCUUCAGCUUUUGACCCGUUUCCCCUGACAGUCUAGCUUCAUCAGCUAAAGCAGCAUUCAGCUUAUGAGCGCUGACAGUGGAUUUAUGUGACUCUUGUGCUGAACAUGAACUGAACUGUGCAAUAUUCAUCUGGUGAUAUUGUUCUUUAUUUUGUCAGACUGAUUUGGUUCCUGCUCUUAGUUUUUUCCCUCCUGUUGCUACCUCAGUGGAUGCUAUUGGACCUCAGCUAGUGGCCUGUUGAGAUUCAUUAGAUGCAGAGUAUUUCUCUGUCUGUUUCUGAGGAGGUGAGAAAAGCACAACGAUGGACAUGUAUCUGUAGUAUUAGAUUCUAUUCAUCAUCCUUUACUUGCAAGUCUUCACAUUUUCAUUGCAUACCAAAAAAAUCCUUGGGGACCUGAACUUUCAAGUUAAACUGACUUCCAGAUAUUGUUUAUGUGUUGAUGUUAUAUUUUUUUACUCAUGUAAAGUAAAGUAAAGUAAAGUAAAGUAAAGUAAAGUAAAGUAAAAAAUGAAGACCUCUUAAGACCAAAACUGGGCAGACCAUUGGUGAAGGGCUAUGAGUGACAUCUGGAAGGCCACACUUCUUCCUCCUCCUCCUCCUCCUCCUCCUCCUCCUCCUCCUCAGUGUGGACACAUCUACAUCACUGACAUGAAGUUUAAAUGGUGCCAGUGAUUUGAUCUGCAACAGACACAACGCACAUCGUCUACAGCAGCAUUUCAUCAUAGUUUGCCGUCUGUGCCCUUUAGAAAUAUACGGUUAAAUAAGUUUAUUUUAAUUUGUUGUACUACUGCUCUGGCAGAUAUUUGGUUUUCGUAGAUUCAAUAAAAUUUUCCUAGUUCCGUCUUUUUUUAACAGUAAUAGUUUAGUACCAGACUCGCGGGUUCGGAUCCCCUCAGAGAGGGGUUGCGUCAGGAAGAGCAUCCGGCGUAAAAGCUGUGGCGACCCCUGACGGGGGAAGUCCAAAGAAGCUCCUUAGUUUAGUACUAGACUCAUAAACUGUCAACUGCUGGACUUUCCUCCUACAUGUCUGAUCCAUGUUAAUCAUUCAUAACGGAAAGAUGAGGUUUUAUGCUCUGUUGAUGUGCUUAAAUGUUAUAUGCUUUUUUUAGGUCAUAUAGUUACACUAUAUGGCCUAAGGUAUGUGGUCAUAACCCUGGUUAUGGGAUGUUCUGUAGGUCCUGGGCUGGUUACAUUUAGUGGCCUUUAUGCAUUAUCAAGAUCUUAAAAAAAAACUUGAUUGAUUAUGAAGCUUAUUUUUAUAUGAUCAUGCCCCUUUUAGACCUCAUAAGUAGCUUGUAGGUUCCAAAGUUAAAGAAUUUUAUGUUGAAUUACAUGAUUAAUACUGGCAUCAUGCUAAUGUGGUUUAAGGUGGUAGUGCUUGUAAUGUGAUAAAUGCAAAUCAUAGCACAUCCUCAUCGUCCUUUGUGCCAGUACACAUUACACUAUGGAAUAUGUUCGGUUUGUUGCUGUUCAGCCACAUUUAUUGAUAGGUUGCACAAAUGUUUAACUACAGAAGGACUGAUCCAUUACAAGACACUAAAUGUGAGUAACAUCUACAGCUGUAGUCUAUUGUUUGUUCUAGAAACUGGACCACAUGGUUGGUUGUACUGUUUUGCAGGUCUGUUCCCGGGGGGAGAAGCCGUUAGACGCGCGUAGCAUGGGGUGCAGUAUUACAGAUGAUUGAUGUCUGUGAUGUAGAGAAUAUUAUUUAUUGUUGUUUGAGCCAUAAAAUAUUUAUUUUAUGCUUUACAUUAAGUAAUUUUAGCUUUAUUUCACAAGCCAUAAAAGCAAAUUAACAAAGCAAAUUUCAAACAAAGCGGACUCCAAGAAAAACUAAACUAAACUUUUACUGCCUUGUUAAAGGCUGAAUUCGUGAGAGCAUUCACACAUGCACACAUUAUGGCAGAACUGUAAUGAUGCGCUGAAUACCUUUUUCUUAGUAAAUCAAUAUGAGAGCACAAAACCAUAACAUCUUGUUUUAUGUUGUUCUUUAUCAGUAUCAGAUACCAAUGAACCAACCAAUGAUCCACUUUGUGUUGUAUUUCGUAACAGACUGAUGCGCUUUUAGGACUUUUAAAGCAACCCUGAACAAAGACCAGAACUGUAUGGGAAUCUUCAUCAGUGUGUGAUGGAAAUCUCUUUUUAUAAACUGCCCUUUCCAAGAAAA